GCUGGCAUCCUUUCAGGACACUUUCACAGAUGGAGUAGCCAUUCAAAUGUUGGUGCAACAGUAUCAACCUCUUACAUAGCACAGCCACUCGCUCUUUGAAUGGUUUUGGGUGAAAUUUUUUGGGAUGCUCAUUUUUUUCAACAGCCUGUGAAGAAGUCUGCAGCGUAUGGAGGUGAGGUUGCCAAGCCACCAGACAGCAUUGCAUCGAGCUGCCAUCUUGGGAAAUAGUGAUGCCAUUUCUGCUCUCAUUCAAGGUGGCUGUGCAUUAGACCUACAGAACAGAGAUGGCAACACUGCUCUGCAUGAGGUGUCGUGGCAUGGUUUCCUUCAGUGUGUGAAACUGCUGGUCAAGGCUGGUGCGAAUGUACACAUCAAGAAUAAGGCAGGCAACACAGCACUUCAUCUGGCCAGCCAAAAUGAUCAUGCUCAGACUGCUCGCCUUCUGCUUGUUGGAGGAGCCACACCAGACACGAAGAACAAGAAAGGGGAAACAGCUCUACAUGUGGCAGCUGCUUUGAGCCAUAAGAGGACAGUUAAACUUUUAUUGGAUUCUGGGGCAGAUGGAAAAAUCCGAAACAAUGCAGGCCUAUUGGCAUCGGACAUAGCCAGAAAAAAUAACCACCGGCAUGUCGUACUUCUGCUGGCCAAGGAUCCUCAGCGGGAAAGCCCUUCAUUGGUGGCGGAAAUGCACAUGAGUGACCCAAUAGGGAGCAAGGAAAACAAGAUGGAUCAGGAGGGGCCUCUGCAAAACCACUUUACACCCACUGUUCUUAGCAAGCCCAUGAGACCCCACAGAUGGAAAAGAGGCAAAGGCCAGGAAUUUCACAUAAAAAGGGAUCCAAUCGCCAGAGACAAUUCACCAAUCUCCUAUGGAAAUUGUUUUCACCUUUAUACUUUGUACCGUGACACAGAUGGAAACGUUCGACAAGCACCAGCAAAUGGCUGCCAUUGCAGGCCCAAGAUUAAAAAACUAGAAGAGAAACUGAAGGGCACACAAGAGGAGCUGAGACUACACAUCCUGAACAUGCACGAACAGGUUGACAGCAGGCUGCGCAAGAUGGACCGCAAGAGCAAACAUCAGAUGAAAGUGUUGGAUAUGCUGAAUCAAGAAAGGGCAGCAUCAGAGAGGAACAACAUAAUGCACAGGAUUGAGCAGGUGGUUGCGCAAGGCAAAGAGGAAGCCCUGAUUGCUCAGAAAGCAAUGAAUUGUGAUCUGAAGAAGUGGUGUAUGGCCCAGAUUCCAAUUUCAGUUGAAUCCCAGCACUAUAAAUUGCUUCCCUCCUCGCCUGUGGAACAGUCGGACACUGGACUGGAAUCCACUCCCUUGCUUUCUGUAGUAUCUGCCGAGAGUGGCACAUCACUGGCUACUUACGUCAACAUUUGUCCCAUGAAAUCUACCCAGAGUCUGGGGGGAGACAAACAGGAGCUGAUGGGGAGUCGGAAAUACUUUGGAAGAAAUACAAACUGGUCACCUGAUGACUAUGAGCAGAAAGCCCUCUGCUCCAAACAAAACCGACAUGCUUUUGGAUUUCUCGUGGAUGCUAAUGACCUCUGCCGCCAGACUACAGGAGUGCAGGAGAGUGGCCGCAGCUUCUCGAGCAGCAGUCGGCAGUCCAGCCUAAGUAUCCAGAGCCCCUUGAGCAAUCAUCAUCAGAGAACAGACAGACGCAGUGGAAAAUUAACUAGUGACUACAAGUGUACACAGAUGCAAGCAGACUGCACCAGAACACUGGAGUUCUUUGUUGACCCUCCGUCGGAGCCCACAUUAAUUCAAGAAAGAAAUCAUUGGCAUGCUAUGGAGGUGACUCAGCACUUCUUUGAGACUGUGUCCAUUCAGUUGGAGCGUUGGUAUGAAAGAAAGGUCCUCGAAGUGGAGGAGCAGACAAAGGUCAAAAUGGAGCAGGAGAGACAGGAGCUACUGCAACAUAUCAACGUAUUAGAGGAAGAGCUCCAGAAGUUGAAAACUGGCGUGAAUGCAGAAACCUGAGGACAAAAAUCAUUACAAGAAUGUUCUCUGUGUCUAUGCUAAUACAAUUAAUCAAUUUUGAUUUAAUUCAAUCUAUUAAGGCACAGGUGUCAAAGUCAAGGCCCGGGGGCCAGAUCUGGCCCGCCACAUCAUUUUAUGUGGCCCGCAAAAGCAAAUCAAGUAUGUCAAGUUCCAUGAUGCUUGCUAAAGUCUGAACCAAAAUUUCAAAUUGUCAUAUGUAAUCCAUAAAAGCAGUCAUUCUUGACUUCUGAUUUUAAAAGUACUGUCUAUCCAUCAAUUUGUUGUGCGCUGUGUAUGCAAUAUGUGGAGGUGAUUAAACAUUUAUUUGGUUUCCCAAAAUUCAUAACAGCUCCCCAGGGAAACCGUAACUACAAUGUGGCCCGUGACAAAAAUGAGUUUUCACCGCUGUAUUAAAGGUUCUCUGGUGCCUAUAUCCUUGCGAAGUUAAGGAAAGAGGAAUUCACUUCAGACUAAUCAUAAGACAUUUUUUGGAUGGUUGCAGUAAGCAAGCAUAAUCUGGUUCAUAGAAUCCCAGAAGAGAAACAGAACAAACAUGCUAACUUCAGACAGUAUCAAGGAAAGAUCCAAUACAGGUACAGUGGCACUUAAUCGAAAGACUUUAAAUUGUUUCAUGACCAAAUUCAUAACUCAAUGUAGUUGUGUUUCAAAUCAAUACUCCCAAGUGUUAAAAAAUUCCAGGGGGGAAAAAAACAACACUUUUUUGGGUCACAUUUUUUUUAAAUAAAGACAAUUGGGCAUUGUAUUCUAGAUACACAGAAUCAAUCAAAAAUAUUAAAAAUAAUUAAACUGAUUUUAUAAUGUUCAUUGGGACAGCCCAAGUCCCAGCAACGGCUGUUGUGUGUUGUGUAAUGUGAUGGCCUCGUGAGUGACUUCAUGAAUAUUACCGGAUUGUCUUUGGGUUGUUAAUGUGAGUUUUGGCUUACUGUUGCUCCUACAGAGUAUUUUCUGCUUGUGUUACUUGUGUUGUAAUGCAGAUGUGUCACGCUUCAGCCACGUGGGCGAGAAACCAGCUUUUCAGGGGGUCCUGUCUGGCCCAUGGGGAGACAGGACAAAACUUUUCAUUUUGUCCACUUGAGGUCACACUAACAACCACAUAAAUAACAUUCUGAAAUUUACUGAACAUUUCUCAGGAUUUAACACCUGAUAUUGAUGCACCUGUGAAGGCUAAAGGAUCCCAACUUUCAGGAGUAUUAAUUUCAGGAGUAUCAUUUAUUUGAAGUCGUACCUAUCAAUACCGUGCACCUCUGCACUGUGAAUCAUACAGCUCUGUGAAAAUGAAUACCUCCUAUUGGAAUAUUUUAAUUCACUGAAUAUUGGAACAAAUGAGUCAAAGUUUCAUUUCAAAGGAGUUUGGAUUGGUGGAACCCUUUUGUGUUUUUUUUCAAUGUAGUUGCACAACUUGUGUGUUUUUAUGUACACAUGUACAAAGCAGGGCAGAAAUUGAAUCCUCUUUCUGAAAAGUUCCCACUUUAUUUGAUGAAUAUGGAAAUGUAUGUCAAAUAAAAAAUAUUUCUGGAUACAUUCCUCCAUCCAUUUUCUGAACUGCUUAUCCUCACAAGGGUCAUGGGGGUGCUGGAGCCUAUCCCAGCUGUCUUCAGGCAGUGCUGGGGGACACCCUGAACCGGUUGCCAGCCAAUCACAAGAGACACACAACCACACUCACAUCUUGGGACAAUUUAUAUAGUGUUCAAUCAGCCUGCCAUGCAUGUUUUUGGAGUGUGGGAGGAAACUGGAGUACCUGGAGAAAACCCACGCAGGUACAGUUAGAACAUGCAAAUUCCACAGAGGAAGGCCAGAGCUGGAAUCGAACCCUGCACCUCUGCACUGUAGGGCAGCCAAUCUAACCAAUCAACCACCCUUUCUGGAUAUCAAAGAAGCUAUUUUACAAACCCCAAUUCCAAUGAAGUUUGGACAUAGUGUGAAAUGUAAAUAAGUGAUUUACAAAUCCCUUUCAACCUCUAAUUGUCAAUGUUCAGUUUUUGUGCUUCUCCAGCAGGUGCCAGAAGCGGGCCUUUCCCUUCAGCUGGCAGACCUGCUGACAAUCACAAUCAGCAGUAUAGAUAAGGACUUUCACAUUGUCAUUUCUUUGUUGGAUUAUUUCCGUUGCUCACGACUCUGUCACCAAGUGUUGAAUCUUCCAGACGCUCUGUCUUUCAUGUUCUUGUUUUUAUUUAAUUUUAAAAUUUCUCGAUGUUUUUUGAACUGACCUUUGUAAGUAGUUUUUCAUUGCAAUGAGCAGUCAUGGUUUUGUAUUUUACGUGUUUGGGGUUUCCUUGAGUAUUUAUUGAUUGAUUUAUGUCAGUUUAUAUGUUGUCCUUGGCUUUUCCAUGGAUUUUGGGUUGUAUCACUUUCCUGUUGUUGUCCAACGUCCUUUUUUGUACCAUUUAUCAUGUAUCAUUUUUACAUGAUAAAUAAAGAUAACAUGAUACAUAUUGAUACAAAUACUAUGUAUCCAAGCUUGAUCAUGUAUUCAGAAACAGAUGGUUUGUUCCCAAAAGGUUUGCCCAUGAAACAUGUAUCUCACAGAUAUGUUUUAUGUGUUUGAAAGUUAAGCCUGUCAUUACAUGUGAGAACAGGUAUUGAUAGUUUUUUUAUAACACACACACACACACACGCACAAACAAAAUCAUUAUUCUGUGCUUUAUGAGUGGAUUCAGAGGAUUGGUGUCAACAAGUUACCCUUGAUGGGGAGAUGAGCUGUUGAUGAUUCAAUUUAAUACCAAAUAGGUCAAAAACAUGAGUUAACAGGACUUCCUAAUGCGUGGUGGCGAACAAAGGAAAAUAUGUUGGAGAAAUUGAUGCAGAGCAAGAAACAGUUGAAACUACUCAAUAUGCAGAAAAAGGUGGAACUCCCUUUUUGUUGCCCCAAAAGUGAGAACCCCCAAAAUACGGGUCUCUUUUGUGCCGAAAUGUUGGGACAGUCUUCUUUGAUUGGACAAUGAGGGAAGUUACUUGAAACUGAUAACUUUUAUUUUAUUUUCUUGCUCUCUGUGUGAGAAUCAGAGCAUAUAGCAAAACUAGCAUAAACGACAGGAGGAGAAACUACUUUUUUUUUCAAUGAAGAGGGCUAUUCAUAGAACCGUAGUGAUUUUUAUUCUUGUGCAGAACCUGUCAAAAAUAAAAAUUAGUUUUGAGGAAGUGGA